CUUAAUAUUUUUGCACAUAUAAGAUUGCGGCAGGUUAAUAUUUUGUUCUUUUCUAAAUUCUCUGAGGUGCCUCAAUCAACUCCCUUUCAUCAUGACAACCUACACUGAUAAAGGGGAGAAGCUGGAAAAAGGUCAAUUUGUCAGCUUUCACCAUGUGACCUUCUGGGUAGGAAAUGCUAAACAGGCUGCAAUGUAUUACUGCGACAAAUUUGGAUUUGAAUCUGUAGCAUACAAAGGAUUGGAGUCGGGGCAUCGUGAUAGGGUAUCACAUGUCAUUAGGCAGAAUAAGAUUUUCUUUGUUUUCCAGUCAGCACUGAAUCCUGGUGAUCAGGAAAUGACCGAUCAUUUAGGGAAACAUGGGGAUGGUGUGAAGGACAUUGCAUUCCAAGUAGAAGACUGUAACUUCCUGGUGAAGAAAGCAAAGGAGCAGGGAGCUAUCAUUGUGAAGGAGCCAUGGAUUGAGGAGGAUGACUAUGGCAAAGUGAAGUAUGCUGUUCUGAAAACGUAUGGGGAUACAACACACACCUUUGUGGAGUACCUGGAGCCAUACCGUGGCCCCUUCCUCCCUGGAUUCGUGGAACCUCUCUUCAAGGAUCCACUCCUUUCCAAACUGCCCUCAGUCAAUCUGAAUUUCAUUGACCACAUCGUGGGAAACCAGCCAGAAGAUGAGAUGGUGCCCGUGGUAGAAUGGUACCAGAAGUGUCUAUUGUUUCACCGAUACUGGUCAGUGGAUGACAAACAAAUCCACACGAAUUACAGCUCCUUGCGCUCCAUCGUUGUGGCCAACUAUGAGGAGACGAUCAAAAUGCCCAUCAAUGAACCAGCAGCUGGAAAGAAAAAAUCCCAAAUCCAGGAGUACGUAGAUUACAAUGGUGGAUCCGGAGUGCAGCACAUUGCUCUCAACACCUCUGAUAUCAUUCAGGCCGUGAGUCACAUGGUUAUAUUUCCUCCUUCGCCCUCAGUUCAUCCAACGCAAUCAUUGCAUUUGUGUCACAGCUCUACACCUUGUUAUCUCAGAUUCUCCAGCAUCUGCAGUUCCUACUAUCUCUAUCUCAUAACUGAUUUUUUUUUGAAGGGCUUUGGGGCUGGAAACUUCAAAUCAUUGUUUGAAGCGAUUGAAUACGAUCAGGAUGCAAGAGGAAACCUCACUGUUUACACGGCCAACAGGAACGAACAGCGAUAUUACUGAAAUAACAGGCCAGCAAAUCACAGAAUUUGAUAAGAAGUUCUAUAUCUGCAUCCUCUGUAGUGAAGAACUCUUUGUGUUCGUUAGCCUUUCCUUCAUCCUACAGACUCUAGAAUGUGGUUUUUAAUUCAUUGUUCUUGUACCCAUAUCCACAAUCAGACAAAAUCAAAAUAGUGCAAGAAUUCACUAUCAGACAAUGGCUGAAUUUAAUGCAUGAAAUCACUGUAUUUAAUAAACGUGGCCACCUACCUGA